GGUUGAGUUUGGAGGUCAUGACCUUGACCCCUCGAUGUGAGCAUGUAGAAACUGCACAAGGUGUUCCACUUACGGUUACGGGUGUUGCUCAGUGUAAGGUCAUGACAGAAAAGGAAUUCCUUUCUACAGCAGCCGAGCAGUUUCUGGGUAAAAAUGUUGAUCACAUCCAGUCUGUCAUCUUGCAGACUUUAGAGGGACACUUGCGGGCUAUCCUCGGUACUUUAUCGGUAGAGGAAGUGUACAGGGAUCGAGAUCAGUUUGCCUCUCUUGUGAGGGAGGUUGCAUCCCCAGAUAUUGGUAGAAUGGGCAUUGAAAUUCUCAGUUUCACCAUUAAGGAUGUUUUUGAUCGAGUCGAAUAUCUCGAAUCUCUUGGAAAGUCUCGAACUGCAGCGGUAAAGAGAGAUGCAGAUAUUGGAGUUGCUCAAGCAGAGAGAGAUGCUGGAAUACAAGAAGCUGAAUGUGAGAAGUCUGCAAUGGACGUGAAAUAUGGGGCCAACACCAAGAUUGAAGAUUCUCAUCGCCUUUAUCAGCUGCAGAAGAACAAUUUUGAUGGAGAAGUGAACACAAAGAAAGCAGAGGCUCAGCUGGCAUAUGAACUACAAGCGGCUAAAAUGAAGCAGAAGAUCAGAAAUGAGGAAAUUGAGAUCGAUAUUGUUGAACGAAGGAAGCAGAUCGCCGUCGAAGAAAAGGAGAUUCAAAGGAAAGAGAAAGAACUAACCGCCACUGUUCGGUUACCAGCAGAAUCGGAGGCUUACAAAGUAGAGAUGUUGGCUCAGGGUAAACGGACUCAAACAGUGGAGGUUGCUCGAGCAGAGGCAGAAAGGAUUAAGAUGAUCGGUGCUUCUGAGGGUUAUGCAAUAGAAGCAGUUGGAAAAGCAGAAGCAGAAAGAAUGAGGAUGAAAGCAGCAGCUUAUAAGCAGUAUGGUGAUGCUGCUGUUAUGAGUAUCGUGCUGGAAGCUUUACCAAAGGUUGCAGCAGAAAUUUCAGCUCCACUCAGUAAAACUGAUGAGAUUGUUCUGGUCAGUGGGAGUGAUGGAGCAGUGUCUGAAGUGAACAGAUUGGUCAGCCAAGUUCCUCCAGCUGUCCAUGCUCUUACAGGAGUGGAUUUAUCUAAGGUGUUGUCGAAGAUACCCGGUGCAAAGUGAUCCACGCUCGUCGAUCAAACCUCGUGCAGUAGCAAAGGUUUUAUUAGUCUGAUGUUGAUGUUCUGUCAAGUGUUAAUUUGGUUUGUCGUACUGGUUAAUAAAGCCAGAGAAAAUAAGCAACUUACAAAAGUUUCCAUCACUUUGAUUGCCACACAUGGGUACAAAACUAUUUACUUCAAAAUGCUGCCAUGUUUUACGCAGUGCCUCUGUCAUAUCCUAGCAGCUAGAAGAUGAAAUAUCUUGUGUUAUAUUGUAAUGCAUGUCGUUUUUAUUAUUCUAAGGCCAGUUUUAUUAUUUUUGCACUUACUUCUUUGGAAAUAUACACAACAUUGUACGAAUAUAAUUUCAAAUACUAAAUAGUUAUCUUGUUGAAGAAAAGCUCCAGAAUAUGGGGUGAUAAGUCACUGUUAGGUUAUCCAUAAAUUUUCACCACAGCAGGCCUUAUUAGAAUAAAUCUGGCUUAUUAAUGACUAGGUCACAUGACCCACAAGUAAGUUUUGAGGAGAAAGACUUUUUCUUGUAUGGAAAACCUGACUUUUUAAUAGUAUUAACUGAAUCUUAUAUUUUCACCAGAAAUGUUACUGGAUCCACUCAAAUUUUCAAAAUAUUUCUAAUGAAUAUACAGAGAUUAUUUUUAUUUAUAUCUCAAAAUUUUUCUUUCUUAUUUUACCAAAAAAAAAAAUAUAUAUGUAUAUAUAUAUUGUAUUAGUUUAUAUUUCUCGUUGAUAUCUUGGUUAACGGACAUAUACUCUUUCUAUACAAUAAAAAAUUUCAGAUGUUCAGAAACAAUCUGGUUCAUUAAAAGGUCAUUUAUUAUAACUUUUUAAUGUUUCUUGUUUUUAAUUUUACAGAUAGCAUUAUAAUUUUACUUCAGUAUAUUACUCUUUAUAAAGAUCAUUUGUUGUUGUUGUAUUUAAAUGUUUCAGUAUUUUUGAUUUUGCGGUCUGUAUGAAAAGGAAACUACGUUUCGCUCGCGUUUUUAAAUCUGUAAUCAUCCACGUGUGAUUUUUCCGCAUGAAACCGUACGCUUUAUGAAACUUAAAAAGAACAAACUUUUUCUCAGUAAGUUUUAAUGUUCACAUGAGCUUUGUAUAUCGUUAACGGGCCUUGAUAAUCUUUAAUCUCUUCUCAUGUAACUUCAGAAACACCAGAUACUCCUAAGUGCCGGGUUUUAGUUAUAUGUGCUUGUCAAUUUCUGAUAGAGAAAUUAUAAAAAUUUAAUCUUCUUAAUGCUUCUCUUAACUUAAACCAGAAAUAUAUGGAGGAAGUAUAAAAUAAAAGGAAUAAGAACAAUUAAAGCAAGAGAGAGAGAGAGAGGUGGUUUGUCUGGGACAAAUAAAAUGACACACUAUUUAGCCGAAACAACUGACAUUUGAAAAUAAAACACUGGAAAAAUAACAGCAGAAAACCAAAUAAAAGAACCAAAAAAAAAAUAAUGGUUUUUAUCUUUUGAACAGAUACCAUACCAGGCCUUUCCAAAAACAAUAUCUUUUUAUCUUCUUUGUUCAGCAUGUAAUUAAAAUGCAACAGUUUUUAUGACUGUGUUUUAUUCACUUGUCUUAGAUAAGAUUGUUUUAAUUGUGUCUUAGCUUUACCCGCCAGGAAGAUCAUUUAGUCUUUUCUUUUAACUGUAAGUUUAGAACACUUAGCAUAAUACGAGUUUGUUAACUUACAGCUGAAACUGCUGUGUGGAAAAAAAAACAAACAAAGAUCCCGAUCCUUCAACAGAUAAUAUCCUUUGUCAUUAAUUAAAAAAUUAUAAUGUUAUUAAUGGGUACCUCUCAGGGUUAGCGGUAUCCUCUUUCUUCAGCCACUUGUAUACAUAUACCCACGUCUCAUCAUUACAGCUAACUUCACUUUAAAUGAAAUAUGUUUACAUAAUAAUAGUAAGUUUGUGGCAAAGAAUGACAGUUGAAGUUUAAACAUAUAUAUAUAUGUGUGUGUGUGUGUGUGUACCAGUACGUGGAAAAUUAUCUUUACAGUUUAUUAGAGGCCAUUGUAGAUAUUGUUUUUGUUAGCAAAGUUGUCAGAUAAUAAGUUUUAUAUGAAUAGAUUUUAUGAAUCAGAUUUCAUUGAUUUUAUCAGAUCUCAAAGUCGUACUGCUUACAGUCUACUCCAAAAAUGCCGUUUCUCAAAUGCUCUCAGUCUUUAAUCAACUAGUACAAAUUAGAAGUUGUAUCCAGUGAGACUUUUUUUUCAUGGUUUUGUACCUCAGAAUAUUAAACACAGAUUUUUACACUGAAAAUGUAUGCCUGACAUAAAGUUAGUUGUUCAAAAAAAAGGUGUUAGUUGUAUUGAACAUGUGAUUAACAUUUGGUGUGUUUUUUUUUGUAUACUGUUUGUCUGAUUACUGAGGAAUCAAACAACAACUAGAAAUGUCCAAUUUGUUCAGGGAGCUAUUUCAUAUUGUGUGUACGAUAAACUUUGAUUAUGUUUGUUAAAUUUGUGUACACCAACUCAUUUAGACUACAUUAUAGAUAAAUUUUUGAAUUCGAAAACAAUGUAUUGUCUACUGUAACAGGUUGUAUUUACGUGGAAUAUCUGUUUUCUCUGAAAUAAAAAUACAAAGGGAGUUUCGUGUAAAGUAAUUUAUCCGUAACGAAGCUUUUUCUCUCUCUUCGCGAUGAGAUGUUUCUAUCUCGUCAAAUGUUAAUUAUUUGAAUGAUAAAUAACCCACAAGUCUGAUUAUAGUCCAAGUAGAAUUCCAUGUCUAUUGGUUGUAUUCAUAUAUUGUUGCACGUCAGCAGGCGUGUGUCUAAUUGUCGGUUUUUAAUUUUCAGAGAAGAGGUUUUUUUUUUUUGUUCUGUGCUAGUCUUAAGUUGUGUGUGAUUUUAAAGUUAUUUAAAAUUUUUGCUACUCUACUUUCAACAUGGUGUAAGCUUAAAUUCAGCCUUUUUAUUAUAUGUGUAUCUAUAACUGUGAAAUAUUUGGCAGUGUCAUUGCUUCAUCGUUUUAAUAAACAUUUUGGAUCUUGCA